AUGGUCGACUCCGGUUAUCAAUCAAAUCUCAGCCUAUUGCGGGAAUUCCUGGAUGAAUACCGUUCGGUUAUGAGGCAGGAAACUCCUGGUCCCAUCCCACGCCUGGCUUUUAACUAUGUUCGCGCCUGCUUGAGUUUGCUGGGCCAGUAUCCCAACAAGAAGUUGGCUAGUUUGUCUCUGUACCGAUGGAUCAACUUGUUCAUAAUGUGCAAUGUGUUGAACGCUUUCUGUACCAUGGUCUUGGCCCUGCCGGAGUCCAAGAACGUGAUCGAUAUGGGCGAAGACCUGGUGUGGAUUUCAGGGAUGGGUUUGGUUUUCAUCAAGAUAUUCUACAUGCAUUUGCGGUGCGACGAGAUCGAUGACAUUAUUUGGGAUUUUGACUACUACAAUCGGGAACUGAGGCCUCACCAUACCGAUGAGGAGGUCUUCGGCUGGCAGAGGCUAUGCUAUUUGAUAGAAUCGAGUCUAUAUAUAAAUUGCUUUUUUCUGGUCAACUUCUUUAACGCUGCUAUUUGCCUGCAGCCCUUGUUGGGUGAGGGAAAGUUACCCUUUCACUCUAUUUGGCCCUUUCAAUGGCAUCGCCUGGAUCUGCACCCGUAUAUGUUUUGGUUUCUGUACAUCUGGCUCGCUGCCACCUCGCAGCAUAACCUAUUGAGCAUCUUAAUGGUUGACAUGUUCGGCAUUUCAACGUUCUUGCAAACGGCUUUGAAUCUCAAGCUGCUGUGCAUCGAAAUGAAGAAGCUGGGCGAGAUGAGGGUCAGUGAUGCCAGGUUCCAUGAGGAGUUUUGUCGUGUGGUUCGCUUCCACCAGCACAUUAUCAAGCAAGUGGAGAAAGCCAAUAGAGCUUUUAAUGGCGCCUUCAAUGCCCAGAUGAUGGCCAGUUUUUCACUUAUUUCCAUAUCCGCUUUCGAGACCAUGGUUGCAGCUGCUGUCGAUCCUAAAAUGGCCGCCAAGUCUGUGCUCCUCAUGGUGGUGGCAUUCACCCAGUUGUCACUUUGGUGCGUCUCGGGCACUUUGGUUUAUACUCAGUCUUUAGAAGUUGCCCAGGCUGCUUUCGAUAUAGAUGAUUGGCACACCAAGGCCCUUACCAUCCAGAGGGACAUAUCAUUUGUGAUUUUACGAGCCCAGAAGCCACUAAUAUAUGUGGCCGAACCCUUUCUGCCCUUUACUCUGGGAACAUAUAUGCUGGUCCUGAAGAAUUGCUAUCGUUUGCUGGCCCUGAUGCAAGAAUCAAUGUAG